GAUGUUUUGUUCAUUGGUAACCAAGCUCGACCUAAACUAUUCGACCUCGAGAUCGUCUGUCCUGAAGUUCUUUACGAGGAGGUUGUAGAGGUCGAGGAGAGGCUGAUUCUACAUAAUCACAAGUGUGAGUUAGAUAAAUCUGGAUGGAAAGAUACAAUGGGGACUACAGGAGAGAAAAUGCACGUCAAGCAAGAGGUCAACAAAGCUGAACUGGAGGAAAAAUUGAUGAAGUUGAAGGAGAAAGGGAUAAACUCCUUGGCCGUAGUCCUCAUGCACUCAUACAUGAAUAAGGAACAUGAGAAUGAGGUUGGGGAGGUUGCCCGGAGGCUGGGAUUCACCCAUGUAUCCUUGUCCUCCGAGGUUAUGCCAAUGGUUCGUAUUGUGCCGCGAGGAUUCACAGCCUUGGCAGAUGCAUACCUCACGCCUUGCAUUAAAACAUACCUAGAUGGCUUCUCUUCUGGGUUCAAGAAUAAUCUUGAAGGAGCAAAUGUUCUCUUCAUGCAGAGUGAUGGUGGACUCACACCAAUGCAAAGUUUUAAUGGUUCUAGGGCUAUACUCUCAGGUCCGGCUGGAGGCGUCGUUGGAUACGCAAUGACCUCGUACUCCAAACAAGACGACUUACCUGUAAUUGGUUUUGACAUGGGUGGUACAUCUACUGAUGUUUCUAGAUACGCAGGGGCAUAUGAGCAUGUAUUUGAGUCUACAACUGCCGGAGUAACUAUCCAGGCCCCUCAGCUUGAUGUAAACACUGUUGCGGCCGGGGGCGGGUCUAUGCUUUUCUUCAGAUCAGGACUCUUUGUUGUUGGUCCAGAGUCUGCCAGUGCUCAUCCAGGACCUGUUUGCUAUAGGAAAGGAGGACCCUUGGCAAUCACUGAUGCGAACCUCUGUUUGGGAAGAAUUCUUCCGGAAUACUUUCCCAAAAUAUUUGGGAAAACAGAGGACCAACCAUUGGAUAAAGAUGGGACUGUUGCUGCAUUUGAGGAGCUAACUAAUGAGAUAAAUGAGUUUAAUGGCGGAGAGAAGACUAUGAGCAAGGAAGAGGUUGCAAUGGGUUAUAUUGCUGUUGCAAAUGAAGCUAUGUGUCGACCUAUAAGAGCACUCACUCAGGGAAAGGGAUAUGAUACUUCUAAGCAUGCAUUGGCAUGCUUUGGAGGAGCAGGAGGACAGCAUGCAUGCUCUAUUGCCAGAUCUCUAGGCAUGUCAACGGUUAUUGUUCACAAAUAUGCAGGAAUUCUUUCUGCCUUCGGCAUGGCACUGGCUGAUGUUGUUCACGAGGAACAGGAGCCAACUGCUUUGAAAUAUGAGGAAGAAUCAAUGGACGAAAUCUCACAGCGAAUUAAAGAGCUGGAGGCAAAAUGUGUGACAAAUCUGAAUUCUCAAGGAUUUCUGCAAUCUCAAAUUUCAACGGAGUCAUUUUUGCACAUGCGAUACAGGGGAACUGACUGCGCUCUGAUGUGCAAUUUGGGAGACGAAAAAGACUUCAUGAAAACUUUUCUUUCGCGUUAUAAAACUGAGUUCGGAUUUACACUCUCAAACAGGGACGUUCUAAUCGAUGAUAUUAGGGUGCGAGGUACAGGACAGUCGGGGAUAACUCUUACAGAAUCUAAAGAGAAGGCAUCUGGGGAUCCUGUUGUGGAGAAGGAGAUCCAGGUUUACUUUGAGAACGGAUACCAGACAACACAGGUUUAUCUGAUGGAGAACCUGAAACCUGGACACACUAUUCAGGGACCAGCUAUUAUCAUGGACAGUCUGAGCACGGUGUUAGUAGAACCGCUCUGCAAGGCCAGCAUAACAGCAAAAG